CGGGAAAAUUUUAGUUGGACGACUCACCUAUAUAUUUAACUCAACCCAAACCCACAAGUAGGAGACUUCGCAGCCCACACAAACUCACGCUUCCUCUUGGCCUUUACUACACUACGCCCUUUCCUCCCCAAAAUUCUCUUUAUAUUUUAUCGUCUAUGCCUAAAAAUCAAAUUCCUCUUUCAUUUCUGCAUCUCUCAUCUUCCUGCACACACUCAACUUUCAAUCGUUAGUCUCGUAAAAAUAUCUGAAAACCCCCUCCAUCAGUAAUGGCUUUGGAUAGAUUCUAGGGUUUCAUCUUAUUCAAGGGCAUCCACUCACAGCUUCGUGCGAAGAUGGACGAUGUGUUCGAAGAGGAGGCAGAGCAGACUGUGACGAUCCAUGAGUACCUUAAGGAUGUCGAAGAUCAGGAACUGGAAGCGGAUUUGGUUUUGGGAGGAGAUGAAGGCAAGGAGUGCACUUACAACAAAGGUUACAUGAAAAGGCAGGCGAUUUUCUCGUGCCUGACAUGUACUCCAGACGGUAAUGCUGGGGUUUGCACGGCAUGCAGCCUCUCAUGCCACGAUGGACACGAGGUUUUCGAGUUAUGGACGAAGAGAAACUUCAAGUGUGAUUGUGGAAAUUCAAAAUUUGGGGCGUUGUUCUGCAAGCUUUUUGCAAAUAAAGAUCCAGAAAAUUUGGGGAAUGCAUACAACCAUAAUUUCAAAGGUUCCUACUGUGAAUGUGGUCGCCCUUACCCAGAUCCAGAUGCUGAAGAACAGGUGGAGAUGAUACAGUGCUGUAUCUGCGAGGACUGGUGUCAUGAGAACCAUUUGGGUCUGCAGUCUCCUGCUGAGAUACCAAGAGAUGACGAAGGUGAACCAUUAUAUGAAGAUUUCAUCUGUCAAGCAUGUGGUGUUAUCUGUUCUUUCUUGACCCUCUAUCCUCAAACCAUUUGGGCACCAUUGAGGCAAAAUGAUGCUCAGCCAGGUUCUAGCAAAGAAAGUAACAUGUUGGGAGAUGCACAAUCAGCUUGUCCUUCCUCUCUGAAACUUGACAAUGACAUUUCUUCUCCUAAGCUAUUAAAAAAUGUAUCCUCACUUACCAAUUCUGACAUUGAAAAAACAUCAAGUGAAAAAGAUGCAUCUGCCAGACAAAUGUCUGAAAAAACUAUGGGUUUAGAAGGUAACACUUCAGUAGAUGCACCUUCAUUUUGUUCUACUGGGAAGCUGGAGAAUGGCAGUUGUUCUUCGUAUUCUGUGAGAAAGGACUGUUUCCCUCCCCAUGAUGAAUUUGAAAAUAAGGCGAGUAAGGAGGGUGAAUUUCUUGCAGAAAUCCCUGUGAAAACUAUGGAUUUAAAGCAGUGCUCACAGAAUCCUGAUGUAAAUUCCAAGUGCAUAGUUGGAGUAGAUCUCCGAGUAGCUCCAUUUGUCUUGGAGAAAGAGAAGCCAAUGUUUCUUUCCAAAAACUGGAGAGAUCUUCUAUGCAGGUGUGAUACUUGUACAGAAUUCUAUGCUUGCAAAGGCAUUCGCUUUCUGAUUGACAGGGAGGACUCAAUUAUAGAAUAUGAGAAAAUGGCAAAGCAGAAGAGGGAGGAGAAGUUGCAGCAACAGGAAGGAGUAGAGUUAAAUUUUCUCAACGGAUUAGGUCACGUUGAAAAGAUGGAGAUCAUGAAUGGGAUUGCAGAUAUGCAAAAUGGGCUUCGAUCCUUCCUGGAAUCUUCUGACCCAUCAAAACCAAUCACAACAGAUGAUGUCCAUCAGUUCUUUGAAAAUCUUUCAAAGAAGCGCCGACGUAUACUGUAAGUUAUUUCCUAGAUAUUAUCAUAGACGUUUGUUAACUGUACCCUGUUGCACCUGGUUUUGGAUAAGAUCUGAAUUUGGAGACAAUCCCAAAUGCACUUAAGUUCUUGGAAAUGUUUUAAGGAUUUACUUUGACUGCUCAACUGAUAUGACGUACUUAAUAUUAUGAUCACGAUGAAUCAAUCAUUCUAAGAUUCAUUGUUGUUUUUAUGAUCUA